ACCGAGUUCGCCGCCCUGCUGGCGCGCCACACCUCGGUCAUGGACCCUUUGAGCUCGAUCCUGGGCGACGGCGAGCUCGUCGACCGCGUGCUGGAGAGUGUCCUUCGUCGCAAUGUGGCUCUCCAUUCGGACACGCAGAGAUGCCCGCUGGUCUCCGCAUCGGUGCCCGAGCUGAAGCGGCUCCAGAAGUCCAG